CAUCAACUCCAGAUCGAGCCCCUCAAAAAGGGCGUGAGAAGACCCCAGUGUGCCCAUGAUUCCUGUUUACAAUCUAUAAAGACCUUCAACUCAAAGCAAAGACAUGUCCAAACUUGACGAAGACAACAUGUCCAUUCACGAGACCGACUGGUCGUUUAAAACCCAACUAGUUGGCUGGCAUGCCACUGAUGAAGCAUCCUUCCUCCGUCGAAUGAUCCCUACUUGGAGCUCCAAGAGUGGUAGCCCAGACUAUGGCAAGAAUCCACUCAAGGCUCUCAAGUCAAUGAGUGGCCAGGCGUGGCUCAUGUUCAUUGUGGGUUGGUUCGCAUGGACGUGUGAUGGCUACGACUUCUUCUGCGUCUCGCUCACUCUCAAAUUAUUAUCGGAACAAUUUCAAGUUGACACAAAGCACAUCACCACCGCCAUCACUCUCACAUUGCUGUUCCGAAGUCUUGGCGCCUUGAUCUUUGGCAUCCUUGGAGAUCGAUUCGGAAGAAAGUGGACGUUGGUCUGCAACAUGAUCCUCAUCUGUGUCUUUGAACUCGGCUCAGGAUUCUGUAAUACGUACUCUCAAUUUUUGGCAGUCAGAAGUCUGUUCGGAAUCGCCAUGGGUGGCGUAUGGGGUCUAGCAGCCAGCACGGCUCUUGAAAACGUUCCAGUGGCAGCUAGAGGUCUCUUAUCCGGUAUCAUGCAGCAGGGGUACUCACUGGGCUAUCUCAUCGCUGCCGCUAUCAACAUCGGGGUCGUGCCUCACUCAAAGUACUCUUGGAGAUCCAUCUUCUUUGUCGGUGCUGGAUUUUCCCUGUUUGCAGCAUUGUUGAGAGCCCUUUUGCCCGAGAGCGAAUCGUUCAAGCUUGCCAGAGAAGAAGCGAAAGCUAGCGGCACCUCAACGCGAGAGGCGACCAAGAACUUCAUCCGUGAAUUCAAGAGUAUGCUCAGGACGAACUGGUUGAGAUCCAUCUGGGGCUUGUGUCUUAUGGCUGGACUCAAUUUCAUGGCUCAUGCCACUGGUGACUUGUAUCCUCUCUACCUCGAGACGACCAAAUCUUUCACCGCUCAUCACGCCUCACUCGCCACUAUCAUUGCCAACGUUGGAGCGAUCGUUGGUGGCGCCGUCGCGGGUCACUGUUCGCAAUUUAUCGGUCGACGGCUCGCCAUUAUCGCUUGCGUUUGCUGGGCAGCGGCCUGGAUCCCACUUUGGAUUCUCCCUUCAUCUUUUGGAGGCCUCGCAGCUGGUGCUUUCCUCGUACAGUCUGGUGUUCAAGGUGCUCUCGGAGUCAUUCCCAUCUACCUCGGCGAAAUUGCUCCUCCUGCUUUUAGAGCCACUUUUGCAGGUAUGGUCUAUCAACUAGGAAAUGCAGCUUCCGCUGGAGCAGCUCAGAUCGAAGCGGAUGCAGGAUCGACAUUCAGAAUCAUCGUCAAGGGGAAAUCUAUCCCUGAUUAUGCUACCAUCAUGGGCUUAUUCCUCGGCGUCAUCAUCUUUUGGAUCAUUUGCUGUAUCUUGGUCGGACCCGAGGCGGACGGAAGUCACUUUGAACAGGCUAGACUCGGCUUCCAAUCUGGAGGCGGAGCAACAACAGUCCGAGAUUGUAUGAAGCGAGAAGAAGAGAUCGAACAAAUUGAGAUGGCAAAGUCAGCCCACGAUGAGGACUAUGACGGAUCAAGGCGUGUCUAGAGGAUUCAUGGCGGGACAAGGAUGUCAUCAGAAAUUUUGAUCGAAGGUUUGAUAGAAGAUUUGAUCUAAAGGAGCAUCGAGCGAGAAUGCAGCUUUCACGGUCCGCUACACGCCUAUGUUUACGCUAGACAAAGGGUGGACAAUGUAAUCAACGACGCAAUUGCGUUAGCGAGCUCGCACUGUAAAUGUCAAGGUUGAAAGCUUUUCGACCCGUGUCGGCACGCAUUCGAUCAUUU